AUGUUUGAAAUCAAGAAUCCAAAGAAUGGGAAAAUUACACACGGAGGUGUGCUCGAGCUUAUAUCGGAAGAAGGAUGCUGCAAUAUUCCAUACUGGGCUAGCCAUGUGAGAUGCUCAGUAUUAAAUGACCUCAAGGCGGUAGAGAACAUUGCCCUUUACUCUUGUCUAAUGAGAUACAUGAGAUUUUACACUGAAAAUUCAUCAUGGAGUAUAUAA